UGUUUCUUCGUGUAUUUUUCUUUUUUUUUUCUGGAAAAAAAUUGUCGAGACGCGAAGGAGGGUUUUGAUUUCCGACAUUGAAGCGGCUUUCAGUUCUCACUUUUCGGUUUUACUGUGUUUCUUGGGUUCUUGAAUGUAUUCAGUUUCGGUUCUACUAGGGGUUUUAUGUUGAUUCUUUGAAUUUCUCAGUUUUGCUUGUUCUGGCUUUAUCUGUUUCGUUUCGAUUUUUUUUUUCAUUUUUAGAUUUCCCGGGAGAGAAAAAGGCGAGACGAAUAUGGGUGCACUAGGAUGGGACGAUGAAGAAAAGGCCAUGGUUACUGCGGUUUUAGGGCAUCGAGCUUAUGAUUAUCUCAGAGCCAGUUCGGUUUCUAACGAGAAUUUGUGCGCGACAGUUGGAAGCGACAAGGGUUUGCAGAACAAGCUCUCCGAUCUGGUGGAGCGGCCGAACUCGAUGAGUUUUAGCUGGAACUAUGCAAUUCUAUGGCAGCUUUCUCGGUCUAGAUCCGGGCAUCUGGUUCUGGGUUGGGGAGAUGGCUCUUGUCGGGAAGCCAGCAAGGAAGAAGAACCCAAACUAAUUCGGUACGGAAACUGUGGACUGGAAGAGGAGACAUGGCAGAACAUGAGGAAACGGGUUCUUCAGAAGCUUCACAGAUUUUCCGGUGGAUUGGAUGAGGAUAAUUACGCUGUUAAAAUGGAUAGAGUCACCGAUAUGGAGAUGUUCUUCUUGGUGUCCAUGUAUUUCUCCUUCCCUAACGGAGAAGGUGGCCCGGGAAGAUGUUUCGCAUCAGGAAAGCAUUUCUGGAUCUCCGAUGCUAUGAACACUGAAUCUUCCUACUGUUUCAGGUCUUUUCUCGCGAAAUCUGCCGGAAUCCAAACGAUUGUCAUGGUCCCGAUGGAUGUCGGUGUUGUCGAGCUCGGUUCUGUCCGAUCUUUGCCGGAAAGCAUGGAGCUGGUGCACUCUGUAAAGGCUUUGUUCUCGACGAGGGCUCAUCAGACGGCUACCUUUUUCCCACAUGAUAACAACGUGAGUGUGUCGGGUAACAAAACAGGAGGUGUUCACAGGCUUUUCGGACAGGAACUGAGGAACUGGAACGACGUUCGUGCCAAUCCUCCUCAAGGAUGGGAAGCCUAUCAAAGCCCGAUGAAUGGAUUCCAAGGUUUGGCACCCGCUUACUCAGCUCAAACAACAGAAAACAACAUGCAAGAUUACGGCAACGCAACUAUAGAAGCUGCCCCUUUGAACAAUCACCAAUCACCAAAACAGACCAACCAGAUCCAGAUUGACUUCGGCUUGUCAGCAGCCUCUUCGAAACCCUCCGCAAACGCUAUAUCGGAGACUAUGGAUUCAUGCCCGGAAAAAGGAGCGGGUUUCGCCACAGAUUUUGAUGAGAAGAGGCCAAGAAAGCGAGGUAGAAAGCCUGCAAACGGAAGGGAAGAGCCGCUCAACCAUGUGGAAGCUGAACGGAAGAGGCGUGAGAGGCUCAAUCAAAGGUUCUACGCCUUACGUUCGGUUGUGCCCAACAUCACUAAGAUGGACAAAGCUUCUCUUCUGGGUGACGCCAUUGCUCACAUCAACGAGCUCCAGGAGAAGGUCAAGGCCAUGGAAGCGGAGAGGACCGGAACAGGAGGAAGGGAACCAAACCCAGUUCUUGAAUCUUCGAGCUUUAGUCCAGAUGUCGAGGUCCGAAAUCUGAACGACGAGGUUGUCGUGAAAGUGAGUUCCCCGUUGGAUUCGCACCCAGUUUCAAGAAUCAUUCAAGCAAUCGGAAACUCUCAGGUCAGCGUCUUGGACUGUAAGUUAUCUCUGAUCAACGACACGGUUUUUCACACGUUCGUGAUCAAAUCUAACGGAUCAGAGGCAAUGACGAGAGAGAAACUGAUGGCGGCGGUUUACCCCGACAUAGAUUCCGACGAACCAUUACCGUCAUCUGGGUCGCAGGUUUCAGGUUGUCUCUGACGUCAGAAAACGUAUAAUCUCUUAGGCAAUCUCAGUAGUCAUAUCAUCGUUGACAAUUAUAUGUAUCUCGAUCAUAUAUCAGUAACUCAAUGGUUCUGAAAUAAUUUGGGACUAUUUCUUGCUAUUCGAAGUUUUAA